CGGCCCGGCCCCGUCGCCUCCCGCCGGCACCCCGCGGGGCUCCCCGGGCUCCCACCCGCCGCUGCUGGCGCUCCGUGUCGCGUACGGCCCGGCGCGGCUCGGCCAUGGCGCACUCGGCACCGCUCGGCCUCCUGGAGCAGGGCUGCCCCAUCCAGGUGGAGCACGAUCGCAAGCGGCGGCAGUUUACCGUGCGGCUCAACGGUUGCCAUGACAAGGCUGUGCUGCUCUACGAGUACGUGGGGAAGCGGAUCGUGGACUUGCAGCAUACGGAAGUGCCAGAUGCCUAUCGAGGGAGAGGAAUAGCCAAGCACCUCGCAAAGGCAGCCCUGGACUUCGUGGUGGAGGAGGACCUGAAAGCUCACCUGACGUGCUGGUACAUUCAGAAGUACGUGAAGGAGAACCCGCUGCCGCAGUACCUGGAACACUUGCAGCCUUAAGGCAGGGCAGCUCUGACAGCAGCGCGCCUGUCCCCGACUGUUCAACGCGGCCUUCGCUUCUCUGCGGUCUCAGGAAAUCCCCCUCCCACACUCACACGUCCCGGCAGUUUGUAAAGCGUAUCCAUGCGGUGCACGAGUGUGGGCACAACCUCCUCCUCUCUGCCCACGUGCGAGCGUGGCUCCAGCCCUUGGGCCAGGCUGGCUCCAAGCACACAUGGUGGCCCUGGUGCUCUUCCGAAGCCAGGGGGUGGAAGAGGAAGAUUUUUCCAACAAACUCCACCACAAGACUAGGGGGUGACUCGAUCUGCACCUCAUUCUCUCCCUUCUGCUUGGAAGCGUCUGUGAACUGGCUGAAGAAUGUUGGUUAGGGGUGGUCAUGGGGUACCAGCCUCCCUUUUGUUUCAGCAGCUGGGGGAAAUGUUGUGGAUUAAGCCUUGUGGGACAGAGGGAGGUGUUGGAGGAGCCUCAGCCCCGUGGCAGGUCCAUCUCGUGCAGCACCUCUUUGGCACUGAGCCUUGUCCAAGCCCAUGUGGGGCACAGGUGAGAACACAUGGGCUGUGAUGGUGUCUCAGAGGCUUUGCUGCAUUGGCUUUGGAGACACUGGGAGGGCGGCACCUUCAAACCAGAGACAGGAGCCGUGUGAGGGAUGGGCUUUGGCCUCGGGGGCUGUGGCAGGGCAUAUGCAGCUUGAGUGUGCAGGGGAAGAAAGGUGGCUGAGCUUCAGACGCUGCUCCCUGGAGCUCCCAGCUCUGCCCAGCCCUCUGUACACAGAGGCACGGAAUCCCCUGAGGGCACAGCUGUCAUUCCUGUCUCUGUUCCCUGCUAUCAGUGUUGACCAUGCUGGUGUAGACACAGCCUGCUCAGGAGAAGAGCACCAGCUCCAACAGCCAGCCCUGGCCUAAGCAACGAUGGGACGUCCCAUGCUUUUGCAGGCACCAAGGAGGUUUCCUGCAGCUGCAGAGGAAAGCUCCCCCCAUCUCCCUCAACUCCAGCUCUUCUGCAGCCCAGGUUGUAAAGCCUGAGCCAUGAUCACAUCCUGAGAACAAAGGGAAUAAGGCCUCUGGGAUCCUCUCCUGGCCUGUCCCCGGGGCUGGGUGGUAGAGCUGCCUGCUUCUGCAGCGAUGCUCAGCACUUCUUGCAGCCUUUGGAGAGGGGCCCUGGCCCCGCCCAUGGUCUGUCUGCUCACUGGCCUCUGUGCAGCUCCUAGCCCAGGGUGCUGACAGCACCGUGGGUCCUCAUUCAGCAGCAGGAACACCCUCGUGUCAUGCUGUUAUCUCUGUGGAUGUGACCCUCCAGCGCAGCUCAGUGUUGCCUCAGGCAGAUGUAGAGGUAACACUGUGACAAUGGGGCACUGCCUGGCUCCUGCCUUGCCCAGGCUUUCCUGGGACUGAGCUGGACCCCAGAGCAUCAUCCAACCCCAGCUCUUGGGAUUUUGCAGUGCCCCAGGGCUGGGCUGUGGUGAGGGAGAUGGUGCUGCUGGCACACCAUCCCUGAGCAGCUGCUGGGGGCUGCAGCCAGGCAGAAGGAGAUAAAGAGCCUUUCGCCCGGAGGCCAUAUCCAGACCCACCUUAUCUCUCAGCAGGGACUAAAGUUUACAAUCUGCACCACGGACCGAAUGAAGCUCCGGCAAAGAGGCAGCUCAGCUCUCUCCCAGAGCCAGGGCAAAGUCUGUGGUGGCAAAGGCAAAAGCUCCUACAGCCUUCUCUCCUGGUUGAGUUGGUCAGAGAUGGAGACCUUGUGCCUGAUCUCAAGCGAGGAGGCCCUGAGCUUCUUCCUCCCGACCACCAGCUCAAGGUGAAGCCCUGCUGCCUGCCUGUGCUUUUGGGCUGCCUACCAUUGAAGUGACACAGCCCUCUGCCCACAGGCUUGAGGAAAACCUCCCAGAUUCCAUCCCUUGCCCUGACACAGGGGAUCCACCAUCUGCUUGGAGAGGGACCUGUGCCCGGCAGCAGUCUCAGCUCCAGCUCAUGCAGCUCAGGAAAGGCAUUGGGCUCAGCCGUGCCACUGCCUCAUCUUUCUGCCCUCUUGCUGUUGUUUCAGCCUGGCUGCGACCUUCGGGAUGGCUUAGAGGGACUGGCAAAAGGUCCCAGGUAAUGAACUAAAAGAAAAAGGGCUCAAGAAGAAAUCUGGGCUGCUAAAUGUUCACUCUUUAACAUGCAAAACACUGCAACAUCGAGUUACAGAAGCAAGGCUGGCUCAGUUACAGUCAAGUGAUGAUAGAACUGUCCUUGCUCUUGAUGCCAAGGUGAAGCUAAACCAUCUCCUCUCUUGCAAACCAAGAUAAGACACCAUUGUAUCUUUGUCACAGUGGGGCUGGGUGCUGGGAAGAGCUGUAUGCCUGGUUGCCUCUGGGGAGCAAGAGCAUGAGCCCAGCGCUGCAAGCCUCUGCCCUGGUUUCAUGCUCACUUCCCCAGUGUGACAGUUCCCAGCAGUACCCUGUGGUGUGGGCUGCACGAGCCUGGCCCGCUGGAGAGUGUGCUGAGGUGGCUGCACAGCGGCGGACAGGCCUGGCUCUGGAGCUCUUUGUGCUGCUCUGCUCUGGCAGGAACUUCGUGCUUCCCGGUGCUGGAUCACAAGCGGCGAUCGCUGCCUUAAAUCAGGCACAGCACAGAGUUUUGCUGCUGCUUCCCUUUGAGGUGCUACAACCCCUCCAGUGUCCGACCCGCCGGAGACGUGUGCCAGCGUCCGUGCCAAGUGUUUCACUGCUGUCCCUGCCCCCUGCCUCGGCCCUGCCCGGGCUCCUCGCUGCUGGCCCAUAGCAAUACCCACAGGUCACCAGCGAUGCCGCAGCCCACGGGGCUCCUGUACAGGGGGUGGCUCAGGGUUCCUCGGUGCUGGGCAGCCCUCCCUCCUGCCCCUCUACCAGCUGCCUUUUCCCAGCUGGUCUCUGCAAGAAGGAGCUUUGAGUCCUGUUCUGCCCCUCGGUGCUGACUAAGCCUGGAGGAGUUGGGGAUCCUGGACUCUCUCUGGCAACAGGAGUGUGGAAGGGGUUUGGUUGAAUAUUGAGGUCCCCAAACCCAUUUGAACUACAGACCUUGGUGGGUGGGCAAUGCAGAUUGCUGUCCAGCCUGCUUCCACGUUGCCCAACUUGAAACACCCCCAACCCUCAUCUGCUUUCCAGCGUUAUCUUCCUCUGUCCAAGGUUUCCAUUCUGUUGCGUUCGGUGGUUACGAUGUGCCUUUCCUUCUCAGGACCUGUUACAAAUCACCUUUCUGCUUUUGUUUAUGUCUAACAUUUAUAGUUAUCCCUCCCUCUGUCAUACUAUAAAACGUGAACAUAAUGCAUGGAACACAAUACAAUAAAAAGUGUGGCUUAACUGA